GGCAAGGUCAUCCCCUGAUUUGUUCUCAUGUUCAAGGAAGAUCGAGUCUGCUGAAACAGAGUAGGAACCUUUGCUACUUGGGGAUUAUUUUUAAACUCACCCGAAUGGAGUGUUUAAUAAAUUAUUCAUUGGAGGGAAGGAAAAAAAGCACAGGCUGCAGCUGAAGUGCUGAUGUCAGGAGGCAAGUGCAGUGUAGUAUGGUGCAGUCAGAAUAAGGAAUGCCUGCCAGCCAGCUUCUUCCCAAGCCUCUGUCCUCACUAUUUCACAGUGCACACACCAACACUCAGCCUGGGGGGUCAGGAUGAUGGCGCUUAAUAUUAAGGAACCCCUGCUCCUUCUCAUUUUGCUUGGAUGUAUACAGAACACUGUUCAACUGAAGAAGCCGGUAAGAUGUCCGUCCACAUGCAGCUGCACCAAGGAAUCAGUCAUUUGUGUCGGUUCUUCCUGGAUCCCAAAGACCAUCCCCAGCGACAUCAGCUCCUUGAGUCUGGUGAAUGGGACGUUUUCUGAGAUCAAGGACAGAAUGUUUUCUCAUCUGCCCUCCCUACAGCUGCUCUUGCUGAAUUCUAACUCAUUUACUGUCAUUCGAGACGAUGCCUUUGCUGGUCUCUUUCACCUCGAAUACCUGUUUAUUGAAGGAAAUAAAAUAGAGACUAUUUCCAGACAUGCUUUCAGAGGCCUCCGUGACCUGACCCAUCUAUCCCUGGCAAAUAACCACGUUAAGACUCUGCCAAGAGACAUAUUCAGCGAGUUGGAUUCUCUCAUUGAACUCGAUUUACGAGGCAAUAGGUUCGAGUGUGACUGUAAGGCUAAGUGGCUAUUUUCAUGGCUGAAGAUGACAAAUUCCACUGUGUCUGAUGUGCUUUGUGCCGGGCCAUCUGAGUACCAAGGGAAGAAGCUGAAUGAAAUAACAAGCUUUGAUACAGACUGCAUAACAACCGAUUUUGUCAUCCAUCAAAUUUUGCCGCAUGAGUCUGUGUCAGUCGAUACCUUUCAAUAUAAGAAUGAUGUCUUUGUGGCUAUUGCGCAACCAGGCAUGGAAAACUGUAUGGUUCUGGAGUGGGAUCAUAUUGAAAUGAACUUUAGAAGUUAUGACAACAUUACAGGUCAGUCCAUUGUUGGAUGCAAAGCCAUACUCAUUGAUGAUCAAGUGUUCAUGGUGGUGGCCCAGCUAUUUGGUGGCUCUCACAUAUACAAGUAUGAUGAAAGCUGGGCUAAGUUCACCAAGUUUCAAGACAUUGAAGUCUCACGUAUUUCCAAGCCAAAUGACAUUGAGCUGUUUCAGAUUGAGGGGGAGAACUAUUUUGUGAUCGCUGACAGCUCAAAGGCAGGUCUGACUACCGUGUACAAGUGGAAUGGCAAAGGCUUCUACUCCUACCAAUCCCUCCAUGAAUGGUUCCGUGACACUGAUGCAGAGUUCAUUGAAAUUGACGAGAAGCCUCAUCUUGUGUUAUCCAGCCGGUCUCAAGUACCUCUUAUCUUACAAUGGAACAAAAGUACAAAGAAAUUCACCCCUCUCAGUGACAUCCCAAACAUGGAAGACGUUCUUGCAGUCAAAAGCUUCAAAAUGAAAGAUGAACUGUACAUUUCAUUGACAAGGUUUAUCGGAGACUCGAAAAUCAUGAAAUGGAGCAACAAGCAGUUCAUUGAGAUCCAGGCUCUACCAUCUCGUGGAGCAAUGGCGUUGCAACCCUUUAUCUUUAAGGAGAGAUAUUACCUGGCAUUGGGCAGCGAUUACACAUUUUCACAAAUAUACCAAUGGAACCCCGAAAAGAAGACUUUUGAGAAGUUCAAAGAGAUCUACAUACAAGCUCCUCGUUCUUUCACCGCAGUGUCAACUGAUCGGCGGGAUUUUAUUUUUGCCUCCAGUUUUAAAGGAAAUACACAGAUCUUUGAACAUGUCAUAGUUGACCUGAGCUUGUAAGAACCUUGAAAAGGCGGACUGUAUAUCUCCUGAGGAAAUGCAGGGAACUAUAUUAUGUACCAGGAGACUUUGCAUCUGAGCAUCAGGGUCUAGUUGACCGUGUGCUCAAAUGCCUAUUUUGGGUAAUUUGCAUGACAUUACUCAUUUAUUGAUUUUAAUGAUUUUCAACACUUUUUUUUGUAACAUACUGAAUGCUUGGAACAUGUCUAACAAUGCACAAUUCUUUUUAGAAGAUGUCAAAUGGCACUGUUUGUAUAUUGCAUCAUUAGCCCGAUAGAGUAAAUCACAGCUGGAACGCCUGAUGUAAAUAGCAAUGCCGCGACAGCUGAAAUGCCUAGGUUGCCUGUCUAUUCUGAAAAAAUAUUAUGUAAUAUAUAGAGACUGUGUUACUGCCCAACACCUUAACUAUUUCUACAAUUGUAUUGUUUAUAUCCUGUAACAGCCAUAUUUUGUAUAUAACUCCUGCACUAUUAUGACUAUUAUCAGGUGUAUUGCAACUUUAAAUGCUUAAAGGGGUACUCCAGUGGAAAAAAAAUUUUUUUCAAAUCAACUGGUUCCAUACAGUUAAAGGGGUACUCCGCUGCUCAGCGUUUGGAACAAACUGUUCCGAACACUGGAGCCGGCAGCUCGUGAUGUCAUAGCCCCACCCCUCAUGACAUCACACCCCGCCCCUUCAAUGCGAGUCUAUGGGAGGGGGCGUGACGGCUGUCACGCCCCCUCCCAUAGACUUGCAUUGAGGGGGCGGAGCGAGAUGUCAUGAUGGGGCAGGCUAUGACAUCCCAAGCUUCCGCCACCGGCUCCAGCGUUUGGAACAGUUUGUUCCAAACGCUGAGCAGUGGAGUACCCCUUUAAACAGAUUUGUAAAUUACUUCUACUAAAAAUAUUAGGCCUUCCAGUACUUACCAGCUGCUGUAUACUACAGAGAAAGUUGAGUUGUUCUUUUCUGUCUGACCACAGUGCUCUCUGCUGACACCUCUGUCCAUGUCAGGAACUGUCCAAAGUAGGAGCAAUCCCCAUGGGAAACCUCUCCUGCUCCGGACAGUUCCUGACAUGGACAGAGGUGUCAGCAGAGAGCAAUGUGGUCAGACAGAAAAGAAAAACUCCACUUCCUGUGGAGCAUACAACAGCUGAUAAGUACUGGAAGGAUUAAGAUUUUUAAAUAGAAGUAAUUUACAAAUCUGUUUAACUUUCUGGCACCAGUUGAUUUAAAAAAGAGAAAUUGUUGUCCACCGGAGUACUCCUUUAAUUUAUACAAUGCAAAUACUUUUAUAAUGGCAAAUUUUUAGUCUUGUCUGUUUUGUGUAGUAAUGAAACCAACACCAAAUGUGAAUAUUAGCAUUAAAAUUUGUAUAUAACAUGGUCAAACAUGGUCAACAUAAGUAAUUAAAUGUACAUCUAUGCAUAUUUGGGCCCAAUACACAAAUUUACAUAAAAU